AUGAUAUCUCAACAACCAGCUUUUCAGAUCAGAUUGAUUUCAGGUAUGGAGAAGUGUUUUAUUAUUCUUACCUUAUUACUCUCUCUUAUGAUUGAGUCCUCAGAAAUGAAAUGUAAUGAACCUACAAGUUCUGAUAUCGAAGGGCCAUUCUAUUAUCCUAAUCCGCCCCACCAGAGACUGUUUUGUCGAUACAAAAAACAAAAUGCACCUUUAUAUGUGUUUGGAGUAGUAUUUGCGCAGGACUGUAAAACUCCUUUACAGGGCGUUAAAGUCGAAAUGUGGCAAGCAGACCAUGACGGAGAAUAUAGAAAUGAAACUAAAUGUAGAGGAUAUGUAACAACAAACAAAAAUGGAAUAUAUAAACUUAAAACAAUUUAUCCUGGAAAAUACACGAUGAGUGAAUUUGAAUCGGAUUUUCGACCUGCCCAUCUACAUUUCAAAAUAAAUGGUAAGAAAGGACACAAAACUCUCAUAACUCAGAUGUAUUUUGCAGGCGAUAAGCAUCUUGGACAGAAUGAUGCAUGUGACGGUUGUUCUUCAGACAGAAAAGAAUUAAUUGUUAAACCAAAGCGUGUAUGUACUCGUAAAACAAAGUGUGUGGACAUAGCAGAAUUUAAUAUUACUUUAUCAAAGGGAACAGGUGUACAUGUUUCAGAAGCAAUUACUGAAAAGGAUAAAUUAUUAUGUUGA